AUGGCUGCUCGACGUCGUGUUCAAAAUGUUGGGGGCUUGAAUGCAGGAAAUGAAGAGGAUGGAUGCACCAUAGAGCAGUUCAAUCAGAUGCACCCUCCCACUUUUGAUGGUCGUGGCGACCCAACCUUAGCUAAGGAUUGGAUCCAGGAAUUUGAGGUGAUACUUCGUGUCUUGAAUUGUACUGACGAACAGAAAAUAUUGUACUCCGCCUUCAAGCUAACCGGUGAGGCUAAAAGAUGGUGGAUAUCAGAGAGAACCAUUAGGGAAGCUGAUGGGAGGGGAGUGGUUAGCUGGCCCCACUUCAAGCAGAUUUUCUUUGACCGUUUCUUUCCAAGAUCGAUUAGGGACGCUAGGGCCAAGGAUAUUUCUGACUUAGUGCAGGGUACUAUGACGGUGCACCAGUAA